UUCUUGGUGGAAAAGGUACGUAGCUAGAUAGAGGUAUAACCGUAUAAGCCCCCCCCUCUCUCACUCUUAGGCGCUGGUCUUCAUUUAUAAAUUGAGCCGCAAAACAGAUCCACUUCAUGCCCACAAUUUCCAUCCCACAUAGGAAAUUGUGAAAGUAACCUUAAAAAAGAAACCCUAGCUUAAAAAAACAAUGGAAAAGAUAGGGAAAGUGGCGUCGGAGAAUGGGGUGGUGAUCUUCAGCAAGAGCACGUGCUGCUUGUGCUACGCGGUGCAGAUCCUGUUCCGGGACCUCGGGGUGCAGGCGGUGGUGCACGAGAUUGACCAUGACCCUGAUGGGAAGGAGAUCGAGAAGGCGCUGACGCGGCUGGGAUGCAACGGGCCCGUACCGGCGGUCUACAUCGGCGGCAAGCUCAUGGGGUCCACCAACGAGGUGAUGUCUCUCCACCUCAGCGGCUCCCUCCUCCAGCUCAUCAGGCCUUAUCAGCACAACUUGUCAUCCCAUGAUUAAUCAUUCAUCAUCACUUCAAUUCCGAGAAAAUUAGGUUUUCUCUUUUUCUAUGGUGUAUGUUUCGAUUUGGUAUGUAUUUGUAUCAUUGUAUGUGUGUGUUAUGUUGUAGUGGUGAGUGAGAAUUGAAUAAGACUUGCUGGAUGGGGAGCCAGGAAGAAAGAAUGAAAGGGUAAUGGUGUGAUUAGGGCAAGCAAAAUAGCUUUGGAUUUAGCUGAUUAGCUUUCAUCGCUAUUAAUUGCUUUCUUUCAAGGAAUAUUGUUGUUGUUCUAUUUGCUUUUUGCAUAUUAAAUGAAGAUUAAUUACUUUGAUC